AUGGGAGAUGAUGCCAAUGUCUUACCCGAGAAAUUUGGAGGAACCCGAUUAUGCCAAGAAUUCUCGAUCUCUCAACAUCACAUUGCAAUUCCCAUUGAGGAUUUGAGUGCAUCACUUGAAGCGGUAAAGGAAGAAAAACCUGCAACCGAUUCCUAUGUUGACAAUAACCAAAACCCUGAAGAGAACGAUGAAGAAACUGAAGAAAAGGGAGAGUGCCGCUACUGUCAACAGGAGGAUUUUGUUUCUAAACUGGAAUCACCCUGCAAUUGCAAUGGCAGUGUGAAGCCGUACAAUCCAGAUUAUUAUUCAGUUCCCGAUCUUCCUUCUGAUGAUGACGACACGGAGAUAACUAUAAGGCAAGUUAUAUAUGUAGACCUAUUUUUCUUCAAAUGUGCAUUUGAGGAAUGGAGUAUUCCGGGAACAAACACUCAAAUCCGAUCACCUCUGGUAGUGGCAGAGUGUGCCACCAAUGACCUCAUCAACUCGAUGAAUAAAGACUUCAACUUGAGAAACCCCACUGGAGGUGUCAUAUUUGGCGCAGCUAUCCUAAUCUUUAUCGCAGUGCUACUUAUAAAGGAUGCGUAUAUGAGCACAACACCUGAGGAGGACAAAUUUGCUCGUAUUUUGUACUGCGUAAGCUAUGAUGUCUAUCUCUGUGCCGGUUUACGUUAUAUCGUGGGUUUUACAAUGCCAAAGGUUAUAGAAACAGAGAAGAGAGAGGAAAGAGAUGGCGGUGCAUAG